AUGAUGGCGGGGACAAGAUCACCUAGAAGUCUGUCCCCAAAUGGUGGUGGCAGUUUAGAAGUUUUAAAAAUGCAAAUGGACACUAAUAUGGUAUCUCGUCAAUCAGCUAUGAUGGUCAAACUUACUGAAGAAUGUAUUAUUGCUAUAAAAGCUGCGCAAAGAAAUCGCCAACAUAUACGCCUGAAAAUUGAUAAACAAGGAGGCAGUAUUGAAAUUGGUAGUGGUGAACACGCAACGAAAUUUCGAUUUGUCAUUCAAGAUGUGCCAGGUCCACCAGCUGAUGCAGUUUCCUAUGAUGGUAUGAAAAGGUACCGGACAGUGGCUACAUUCCAAUCUAAAAUUCAGGUGCAAACUACUGCAAAGGCACUAUCAGAAACACGUGGCAAGUUUAUUGAAGAAGAAAAAAAGAAAAAAUUGAAAGAAUCAUCAAGGCACAAACGUGAGCAAUGUCCCGUAACUGUAAGACGUGCGACAAACCCAUUAGCAAUUGGUGCUCAGCGUCCGAGUCCUUCAUCUUCUGCCCGAUCUCAUCAUUCCGAUUCAUUAAGUAAAAACACAACAUCAAAAGUAUGUUUCCAUCAUUUUAUCAGUAAAAAACGUAUUAUUUGCUGGUUUUUUUCAAUUUCUAUUUUGAUAAUAUACAUUUUUCUAACUACUCAGAUCAUACACCGUAGUUUUGUAGCUGGUGCCUUGUCAUUUGUUCGUGCGGAACUUUCUCGACGACCAUUAAGGAAGCGUGUUAUACAUUUAAUUGUUCUCGGACGAUUUUCUUCUAUACGUGAAGUCAUUAGCCAGCUGCGAAAAGAUUCUCUCAAUGAAGAUAUUGUUCAGGAAGAUGCUGAUCGGGUACAAGAGUUAGUUGAUGAAAUUGGAGAAUUGAAUAGAGAAACAGGCAAAUUACAACUGAAGCAAAUAUUUUAUAAUGAGGUAGAUGCUCGUUGGCCAGGUUUUAGUUCUGAUGAAAAGGCUUAUGUUAGAAAAAUAUUGUCCGGUAAUAUGAAUAAUAAUAUCACAAAUUUUGCACCAAUACGGAAAACAAGGAUUGUUCCUAUGGUUGCUCCCACGUCAGUGCAUAAUAACCAUGCUGUAUUGUCAGUGGAAGACUCUUCAUUACGUUCUGGUCACAACAAAUCACCGGAAUUUACAACAUCAAAUAGAAGUUCCAAGAGUCCAUCUGAAACAGUAAAUAGUGUAAAUAAUGCGGAGAUGAAGUUAGUCACGGAUGAUCUCAGUACCUCUUCUAACGUACAUAGUUCAAAGAGAAAAGCUCAUGGUUAUCCAUCUUCUCAAGCUGCUUCAAAACGAGCACGGCAACAAUCGUUAUCACCACCAGAAGAUCCGUCAAACGCUAACUUUGCAAUUAAUCCGCAACAAACAACAAAAAAUAUCAAUCAACCUCGUACCAUUGCAAUAAGUUAUACUGAUCGACCCUCAGAGCCAGUUAUUUCGAGAAGCAGUAAUAUUCCGCUUACUUCCACGCCACAAGUUAGCCGUGAUUGGUUGAAAGAAUUUCCAGAACCACGUAGUUUAGAAGAAGCAGAAAAAUAUUACUUAAAAUUCCUGGAGGAUUAUCCAAAAUAUUUGACCUGUUACAAUCUUUUGUCUGCUGUAGUAACCGAAUUUAAAGAGCUGGAAAAAAAGUUAAAUGAAGCACCAAAGCAUACAAGAGAGCAUGAAAAGGCUGAAGAAGCAAUAGAAGCACGAUAUAUGCAUUAUCAGCGCAACUCAGAAUAUUUAGAAACCAAGCAGAAACAUGAAGAUCUACGAUCAAAGCUUGAAGUAUUGAAAAAACAUGUAGAUUUUUGGGAAAAAAACUAUAAAGCACAGUUUGCUACAGAGAAAAAUAAUUCAGAAAAUGGUAAUAAAAAUAGUAAUCAUCAUAUUUCGAAGAAUUCUACAACACUAUGA